AGUCAGCUUCAUGAUAUGAGCAACCAGAAUCAGAAGAUUCUCCUUCAAAUAAAGGACAUGGAGAAGACUAUGAGCAGCUGUAUGCAAGACCAUGAAGAUUUCAACUUCUCUGUGUGGAAGAUUAUUGAAUGGGAAGAUGAUCAUGCCUUGUUCACAUUCCUUUCUGGUUCAAUUGAACUUCAAGUAUUUUUUGGAGAGCCUCUGGGUAAUGCUGAAUUUUGUGACAAACCCUGCAAGAAGAUUCUGGAUGUGAAGUUUGAGUCGCUGCUGAAUGAUGAAACUGCGCCUAUGGCAGGUCAUCUGGUCCACAGACUAAUCUUCCAUUUCAUUAAAAGCAGUGGUGUGUGGCAUCAGAAAUAUUCUUCCCAUAUCCAGCUUCCCUAUCUAUUGCAUGACAUUUCAAUGGUGGUUUCCCGAUGUGAAAUGCUAGGAGAGGAGAUUCAUUUCCUGUCAAAAUGGGGAGGAAAGUACAACAUACUGAAUGUGGAAGUACUUCACAGGGAGUUAAAAAUUCUGUUUUCCAGUGCACUGGUGACAUCAAAAUUUGAAAUUACAAUUCCUUUAGGUCUUUGGUAUCCAAUGAAUCCCUUGAAGUUCACAUUUCGAAGGCUUUUUGGAAAAAUUAGCCAUGAAGAUGUCAGCAGUAUUGUAUCUUCUGUGCCCCCAGGAUGCCAUUAUAUAAAGAGACUUGUGGAAAAAAUUCAUCAAAACUUAUUGUGUAGGACUCAAGUUGUGCAAAAAGCUUAAUUUUGUCCUUUUGAUGUCAAGACUUCCAAUUCAGGAACAGGAAUCAAGCCAGAGAAAAUGCACAAAAGUGGAUAUUUUAAGAUUUUUUUAUCUAAGAAAGGGUACUAAAAUGUUUAUCCCAUUAAAAAGUCCUUAAAGGAAAGACCAGUAUUUACUUCAA